AUGAUACAUGACCGGAAAACGAAGGAAAUCACUCUGAUUGAGGUUGGCAUCACCAACAAGAAUAUCCUGGCCAAGACAGAGUUGCGAAAAUCUCAGAAAUACGACGUACUGAAAAAGGAGCUCAAGGGAUAUAUGAAACAGCUCGAAGUCACCGACAGACUGCUGGCAUCCAUGCAGUCGGUAGUCUUAAAGCGAACCUGCGAGGGCAUCCUUGAAGACUGCCGAAGAAUACAAAGAGGGGACUGCCUGGAGGAUGAGGUGGACGAAAUGAUGGCUCAGCUCGAGACGCAGCCCGCAGGGCUGGAACAAGGAGCUCAAUAA